UUUUCGUUAUCUGGCAAGCAAAAUCUGCUUUUUGUUUGUAGGUUAUGUUUUAUUAGUGAUUAAUUGUCAAAAUUUAUGUUGAAUAUUUUCGUGGAAUUUGUUCAGUUAUUAUGGAGUGGACAUGAACUCGUUACUUGUGUCGCCUAGUGAAAUAUUCUAUAGAUCGUUGGUUCUAGUAAAGUAUUUAACAUCCAUCGUCCAUUUAAUGACUGUGUCGAUCUCGGAGUAUUACUUGACAUUGAGUUAUUGAAUUGAGAUGUGAACACGAAAGUGGAUACGCACUCGUCACCGUACUAUCAACAACGUGAAGUUUUCUAACUAAACUUAUUACUUUGUAGAUCUGUACAUUUCAGUUUCGUUUUUUGCAUAGUUUAGACAUAAGCCGUCGAGAUGACGAUGAGUCAGUUAACAGUUAUGAAACUUUAUAAUACAGUAGUGGACGACGUGAUAGCUGGAGUAAGGGACUGCUUUCUGGACGAUGGUGUAGACGAGCAAGUACUGCAGGAACUGAAGCAGUUAUGGAAAACAAAGCUCCAAGCCAGUGGGGCCAUGGACCCACCACAGCCCGAACCCGCUAUACCGCCGCCACCUCCGGUGCUACAGAACUUUCAAAAGGCCAACGGUAACAAUGUGGUACCUAAGAGGACUGAUACACAUUUGGGACAGCAAGGUUCUAGCCAAAACUCUGGUGUGGAGCAUGGUGCUCCAGCCUCCAACCUAGCUGGUGCACAUCCACAUCAUGUACUGGACCCCAACAACAAAGUGCCAGUGCAACUAACCUUGCCCGCUCAGCCAGGAGUACCGGGAUCACAACCACGCUCAUUUACUAUACAAAUCCCUGCAUCUGCACUGAACGGUAAUAAACUACACCAAGUGCUCACUGGCCCAAUUAUAAAUGCUACUAUAAGUUUACCUCAACCCCUAGCUGCAACAUUAUUGCAACAACACAUCAAUUCUGCAUUAGCCGGGCAACAAAAUGAAUUUGAUGGAGGUGGAGGUGGCCGCAGUGGUGCUGCGCCUUUCUCUUUAGAUGGUGCUCUAGAUUCUUCUGAUGACGAGGGCUCAAAUGGUGGCGAUGGCUCUGAAGAUGGUGCAGGGGAUGAUGACGAGGAUGAGGAGUCUCCUGAGGAAAGAGCAGAGGAGGAGGAAGAGGAGCGGGAUGAAAGCGGUGGGGCUGAGGAGGAACCUCUUAACUCAGGCGAUGAUGUGUCUGAUGAAGAGCCCGGUGACAUGUUUGAUACUGACAAUGUGGUGGUUUGUCAAUAUGACAAAAUAACACGCAGUCGCAAUAAGUGGAAGUUCUAUCUUAAAGAUGGUAUCAUGAACUUAGGUGGGAAGGAUUAUGUCUUCCAGAAAGCGAAUGGUGAUGCGGAAUGGUGAAAAUGUACUAAUAAUGAACAAAUAAGCUGUGUGUAUUUUUAUAGAAGGUGUAACUUGUUGUAUCUGACUGUUGGAAUGUAACUACUAGAAAAAACAAAAGACAAUGGUGAAAUACAGAUAUUAUUAUUUAAUUAUAAUAUCAUAAUGCACAUUGACUUCAACCGUAGCAAGAGUAUGGAUCACAUCUCACAGCUAUGCAAUUGACUUGUGUUUUAAUACCAUCUUAUGUUAUUACAGGACCUUAACUAAGAAAAAUAUCUAUUUUUCAAUCUUUAUGCAGAUUUCAUUCAACUUUUAUUAUGAAACUGGGUGUCAACUAACCUUUAAUGGAUUGUUAUCUUACUUUAUGUAGUUCUACAAAAUGGUCUGUCCUUGUUAUGAAGUGAAAUACAAAAUGUUGUAUUUGUUCUGAAGAGUAUACAUUUUUGUGAGCAUUUACUUGUUUAGGUUGAAGUCAGUGUUGGUGAUGCUCAUGGAAAAAGUACCAAAUGCAGGUGAUGAUUCAAUGAUUAUAAUGAGCUUCUUACAUUAGUUACUGUCAAAAUUAUUUAAGUAUACUGUACAUUUUGAUUGUAAUUUGCUAUUUAAGCUUCACUAAAGUUGAUACAUAAAAGAAUCACUGUAAAAGUAGAAAUAUCCACACUGAUGUUAUAUAACUUGUGCCAUAACCAAGAAAUAACUCUGAAAUCCGUUUUAACUGUAUUAUUAUGAGCUGCUUAUCCAAACAUAUUUGCAUUUUAUAUGUGUAUGAUUGGCAAUCCAAAGGUUUAAUAUCCAAUGUAGUAAUUUCAAUAUGUUGUUCCAUCUGUUGUAGCUAUGUUUUCUUUUUCAGAAUUGAAAUUGUUGAUAUUUUGUUCUUGUGCUUGUUAUAUUUAAUAAACCAGCACCAAUAACAUAACAGCUACAUAUUUAAAUACACUUCAACAAUAUAGUGAAGCUGGUAGCAUAUAAUUAAUGUAACAAAUACGAAAUCCAAAUUAAUAAGUGAUGUGUACACAGUGUAUCACAUAGCUUUCAAACUACGUUUUGGCAUAGAAUAAGUUGAGUUUUACAUCCAAACAUUACUUGUAAGUUUCUUCAAAGUAAUUCAGUUGAUUACUGUUAAUCUAUAAAUGUAUAUAUUUUCUUAAAAAUGUUCAUUAAUUAAUUAUCUAGCAAUAUUUCCAUUAAAGUAUUCAUUCCCUCACAAUACCUAGAAGGUACUUGUAAAUAACACCCGAGUACUGAUAAAACCUUGAGAAAUGUAAUGGUACGGCCAUGCAAGCUUGCUUGAUACUUGGCCGAGGCACUGCCAUGCCUCUGGAUAAUUGCUUUACGAAUAAUGGACAUCCACAUUUUGAAUUCAUUUAACUUUUAAGAUAUUUGUGUCUCAGUUCAGGCAUUAAGUUAUUAUAUUGUGAUAUCUAUGUUAAUAAAUAAUGUUUUCAAAGAGUGGAACAUUUAAAAUGUAUUUUAAAUUUUAUUUGUAAUUUAAUGAUCUUUGAUAAAAUGGUACAUGCAGCAAGUUCCAACUGUCUAGUUAAUUCUCAAAUAGAUAUGUAAUAUAAGUUUCUUAUGGUUUGUUUCAUCCCUUAAUAAAACGUUUGAUGAAAGUGGUAAUUACCUAUAAUAAAAUAUGUUGCAAGA